CCAUUUUGAGUUCGCUUUUCAGCAGCUCCUCUCUCUCGAUGCGGGCCUCCAUCUGAGCCACUGUGGUUGCAGCCUCAGUGUUUCUUUAUGGGAGGAGCGGUGCGACUUCCCCACUUCUGCCCCCACUAUGUACUUUUUUACAUCCCUGCUUACGUUUGGCUGGCAUAGCCUAAUUUCCGCAUUCCCAAAUCCUCCCAGAUUGGGAUCACGUUUAAAAAAUCGGGCUGAUGCAACGAUUUCCACUCUUUAAAAUCUACUCUCGACCCUCGGCUGACCAGAAGAAAGGACAUUUGUUGCACCUGGGAUCGAAGUCAGCUGUGGUCACGACCGAGCCUGACACGAUGCCAGGACAAAUCCCAGAUCCCUCCGUGACAGCAGGCUCCCUGCCCAGCCUGGGCCCGCUGGCCGGGAUCUCUGCCACCACGUUGACUGACAAGCUCAAAUUCGACGACCUCCAGGAGUUUGGGACAAUGCUGUCGCCUCUGCACUUUCUGGACAGUCUGGGGAAGAGGCCGCUGGUCAUCAAAACGGAGAGAGAUGAAGAGGAAGAGAGGAGGAAACGAAGGCGAGAGAAAAACAAAGUGGCCGCAGCUCGGUGUCGAAACAAAAAGAAGGAGAGGACAGACUAUCUGCAGAAGGAGUCAGAAAGACUAGAGAUGUUGAACUCCGACCUUAAAGCCCAGAUCGAGGAGCUGAAGCUGGAGCGGCAGCAGCUGAUCCUCAUGCUGAACCGCCAUCGCCCCACGUGCAUCGUGAGGACGGACAGUGUCAAAACGCCGGAGAGCGAGGUGAACCCUCUGCUGCAGCAGCUGGAGGCAAAGUGAAGGCGUUUCUACUGCUUAUGAAGAAGCAGCCAACUAGCAGCACUUAGACCUGGUCCUCGGCCGUGGAAGAAGGAGAACGGCCGUUCCUUCCCACCAUUAAGAUGCAGAGCGCUGCUAUACCACAAAUAGUGGAUCCAGUAGGUCCGGACACUGUUUUGGCAGUUAAACCAAACUUCUUUUUUUUUAUUAUUAUUAUUUUUAUGUCCUCCUGCUUCCCCAUUUUAUUUGUCGCUGUGGUCACGAGAGCUGCAGCCACAAUCAGCGUGAAGUGAAACAAGUGUUCUAUGGCAGACUUAUACUACAUACUGUAUGUCCUUAACUAGAGCAGUUAGCCAUCAAGGAAACCAAAAUUAACGUGUCUGGUUGCACUUAUAGACACACUAGUGGUUCAUGUCAUCUGAAGAACUUCGGUAACGUAUUCUGUCAUUUUCAUUUCCUCAUUUGCAGUUUUUGCUAAAGUCGAUGCUCAGACUACAUCAGGUCAGCUGCAGAAAUGUCUGUACGUGACUAACUGAAACCACGACAGCCGCGUCAGCGUGCGUCAGGAUAAGUGUGACCAGGCUCUUCUUGUACAUUUGUCAAAACACAUUCGGAUGAUCGGAGACGUUGCAGCUGACAUUUUGGGGGCUAACGGGUCAUAGAAGCAUUUACUCGAAUGUGUAAAUUACUGGAACGAUUUAAUCAGCACUUACUCUGGAUCAUGCGAGAAAACUAAACCAGCGCUUUUUCGAGAGUGUAGUCAGGCCUUUCUAACACACAAAUCAGGAGUUUUAGCGGCAGAACCUUUUUAUUUCUGUAUUCUAUUGUUUUGGCGCAGGCGUCAUGUACCCACAUAUAUAUAUAUCUAUAUAUAAAUAUAUAAAUAUAUAUAUAUGUAUGGAGUGUUUACAUUGUACUUUAUUUUCUGUUACCAUACUGUUACUACCAAUUAUGUUUUUUAUACUUUUGUAUAUGAUGUUAUAUAAGCAUAUAAGCUAUCACUAAAUACAAUUUUGUAUUUCCUAAUAAAAUGUUUAGUUUCUUUUUUUUUUUACUGGA